UCUUGUGACGGCACAUUACGAAUUCGGCAGCUGCAAAAGCUAGCCGCAGUGUUGUGAAGUGGUGUAGGAAAGUAAACAAACAAACAAAAUGAAAUAUACGGUUUUAUUCGUCACGCUUCUCAGCAUAACGUACACGUCGGCCAUUAAAACUAAAGUUGAGGAGCCAAAAGACAAGAGAGAUGCUUCGGAAUCCUACUCCUCGUCGGCUCACUCUCCUCAUAGCUACCAAUCCCAAUCCCAAUCUUACGGUCAGGACGAAAACAACGCCAUCAGCAUAGGAGCGGGAUACAGCAUAGGGGGCGCCAAACCUAGCUACUCCUAUGCCGCCCAGGGCUCCCAGGGCGAGGAGAGCCCCUACCAACUGCAGUCCGAUGGAGUAUCUGGUGGGAGCAGCGGACACUCGUAUCAGCUGGCCCCGAUCACUCUACAGCCCAGUCAAGGACUGGCCUCCAAUGAUCUUUCUGAACUUAUGAAUCAACUGUCUCAAGGCCUCAACUCUGGAGCGAUUUCCAUACCGUCGGGUGGACACGGCCAGUCUUACCAGUUGGACAGUCAAGGCGCCCACGGACUCCAGGGACUCCAGGGACUCCAAGGAUUACAACUGCAGGGACUUCAAGGAAUCCAUGGUCUUCAAAGCUUUCAGGGUCUCCAAGGUUAUAAUGGUCUUCAAGGUGCUCAAGGCGGUCAAUAUUCCUUGCCUCAAUACUCCUUCAGCUCCCCCAAGCAAGCUCAAUAUAGCUUCGGCGGCCACGGCUCCCUACCAGUGUACGCUACUAACACCAAGGGCCUGGGAAGCUUCGGUUCCACUGGACCAGUGCUGUUCACGCCUCAAUCUUCUCAAGGCCAAGGUGCCUCAUCUCAUGGCGCUCCCGCUCAGUCGUAUGAAUCAGCAGCUUACAGCCUAGGAGAGAAGGGACAGCCUGCCUACUCUCUAGGCGGUGGCAGUCACUCGCUCGGAGCAUCUUACAAGGCCAUUUCCAGCCCCAACAACUAUGCGGCGCAAGGACACUAUGCCGUCGGAGGCAAAGGAUCAUUCAAGCCAUCAACAUUCAUCGGCGCUUCCGUUCCCAGCGAGUCCGCCCACGCACAGGCCGGCCACGCCGCAUCCUACAACGUGCCAUCUUUCGCCAAUUACCAAUCAGGUGGUCUCGGAGGGUUAGCGGCCCUCAGCUCCAGUGGUCACGGCUCUAGCAGCUUCGGGGGUCACGGAGCUCCCUCCAAGCAUAUGUUGAUUAGCAGCGAGGGCCUGGGUUCAUUGGAAUCGAUCGCCUCCGCCUUCUCCCAGAGCGGCCAGAUUGCUUCCCCACCUAGGACUACCUACGGUUUCCCAUCGGGAUCCUACCCAUCGAGUAACGUCCAUUCUGCUUCAGCCCACGCCCCGCAAUACUAUAUCUCGUCCAAGUACCCAUCGUCAUCCGGCUUCAGCGGCGGUGCCUCCUACAAGAGCCCAGGAUCAAGCCACAGCUCCCUGAACUCGUACUCGUCCGGUCCCAAAUACAGCCACGGUGGCCACAGCUCCCACUAUUCCCCCAAGGACGCGCAGGGCUCCUACAGCGAGUCCUCCUACAAUACUAUCAAGUAUAGCGAGGAACUGAAACCUCGCGGUCAUUAAUUAGUAUGUAAUGUAAAUUAAUUUAUUUUAUGUCUUAGCUGUAAGUGUGUGUGUAAUUGUUUGCUUCUUUAUAUAUCGUACUUUUCUAGGCCCAAAUUGUCUCCGUAUGUACUGCAUGCUUUUUAUUAAGAUUUACUGGAUACCCAGGUGUAUUCGUCUUGUUUUAUGCAUGAUCUUUUGUGAAUGUAAACGAGUCUUUGAUUCUUGCCGUCGGUGUACGUGUAUUGUUUAAUAGAAACCAUGCUUUCUAUAUGGAAAUGUAUAAUUUCUAUGUAUUGUUAUAAAUUAUGAUAGGCUCGAUCGAACGUGAUAGAUAAGCUGGUAUUUCUGUAAAUAUUACCAUAAGGUUGCUAAUUUAUUCAUUAAU